AUGUUUAAUUUGGCUGAACCCGUUAUUGGUAUUCUUUAUCCUUUACGUGCCUCAAUUAUAGCAAUUGAGACCGGGUCUCGUUCUAGGAUUCGAAAAUGGCUUUCUUAUUGGAUUUUGCAUUCCAUGAUCACACUCUUCGAGCUCAGCUUUGCCAAAGUCCUAAGUUGGGCAUUUAUAUGGCCAAACAUGAAGCUGAUAUUGAUCUGUUGGUUGGUCAUCCCGAACUUCAGUAUUUUGAUGGGUAGUGCAUAUGUAUAUGAGCAAUUUGUGAGACCUUUCUUUGUCAAGCACCGACUUGUUGGAGUCUGGCAUGAACCAGAGAAGGGUUUGAUCUUCAGCUGUAAGCUAGAGGACAUUUUAGCCGCAUGGAAAUAUAUAUCAGAAGGAAAAUGGAAAGAAGGUUAA